AUAAUCUUUGGAAACUUCGAAAACCCGAAGUAGGAAUAAUAUAUCACGUAUUUGAAAAUUUCGUUUUAUAUAUUAUGUCGCAGGAACAUGUCAUGGAUGUAACAUUCAAAAUCUUAUGCAGGACACAAGAAGACUGAGAAGCAGAACAAGGAUUUGUGAUGAAAGAAGCAAUGGGCAUUGAAUCUGUUACUACCUGGAUCGCUGUUAAAAGAUGCGAUCAGUUGGAUUGUGGCUCACAUGAUGUAUCACAGUCACCACCUCUGCCUAUAGAACUGCAGAAUGAUUCCACCUUUGCCGAUAUCAAAUGUCAUGUUCGAGCACGGCUUGGACUUCCAGAGGAUAGAGAAGUCGUCAUGAAACUGCGGGGAAAUGAUGGAACAUUACUGCCACUGUCAUACCUGCUUACUGGCAGUUCAGAAACAGAGCCAUUCAUAUUAGAUAUUACAAGGAUUCACCAAAACACACCUGCCUCUUUGCGAACGGCCUUCUCUCCGUCUUAUAUUGAAACAGUUCGGAGUAAAUUGAAUUGCCUGGAAAAAAGGGUGGAACGGGUUGAAUCUUUGGUCCCAGAAUUACAGUCUCGCCAUCAGGCUAAUGUAGAACAUGUUUUGCACCAGUUGAGCUCUAAAGUUAACUUCCUUUCCAAGCGUCUUGAUGAAUUGGUUCCCUCGGAAUGGAAGGGGCAGCUGCAGUGAACAUAUGUCAACGAGUUCCGAGUUGUAAAAUCAUGGUUUUACGAGGAACACGAUGAGAGAGACAAACAGAUUUGAUUGUACUUGUGUGUUAUUUUAAAUGAACUGAAUCAUUACAUACAUGUAUGGGUCACUCUGUGUCGAAGUGUUAAAGACGUCAUGAGCUUUUAUUCUUUAUGCAUGUCCAGUUUAAGAGACCAUGUUAAUUAUUCAUUUAACAGCGUUAGAUAUGUACCAGC